CCUGGGUUCUCCCUUGUGAAGCCCAAUUCAUUACAGCAGCUCGCAUGACAGAGUGAAAAAAGGCACAUCAUUUUGUUCAAUAUUUCCAACACGUCAUAUUUUCUCCAUUCCUUGGGCGAGGGACCAGUGCCAGAAUGUUUCGAGAUACCUUGUGGUAUACGUUAGUGGUCGUUUUAAACGCUCCGCAUAUAAAACUGUUGUUGUUCUCAGCUACCAGUGAAACCUUUUAAUAGUUGUGGGGUUCCCUGGAUGCUUCCUGCUCCCCUCCAGAUGGGCUCAGGGUUUGGCCCAUGAUGCUGUGGGGUUUCUAUCGGACACACACGUGCACAGCUGCAUUUCAACAACACAGAUGAGACCGAGUGGAAAAUGUGUGCCCUGCAUGGCAUGUUGGCUGAGAUUGUAGAAGCCCUGGUAAAAAUGAACCUAGUACUUUGGGUGAGAAAAUAAGUAAAGGGCAAAUAAUAUUCAUUCAUGAUCAAAUAAAUAAAUCAUGUGGGCUGUCAUAUGUGGUCCUGGACCACAAAACCAGUCAUAAGGGUCAAUUUCUUUGAAUAAAUAAGCUUUCAAUUGAUGUAUGGUUUGUUAUGAUAGGACAAUAUUUGGCCGAGAUACAACUACCUGAACAUCUGGAAUCUGAGGGUGCAAAAAUAUAAUUAAGCAAAUCGCCUUUAAAGUUGUCCAAAUGAAGUCCUUAGCAAUGCAUAUUACUAAUCAAAAAUUAAGUUUUGGUAUAUUUACGGGAGGAAAUUUACAAGAUAUCUUCGUGGAACAUGAUCUUUACUUCAUAUCCUAAUGAUUUUUGGCAUAAAAGAAAAAUCGAUAAUUUUUACCCAUACAGUGUAUUGUUGGCUAUUGCUACAAAUAUAUCUGUGCUACUUAUGACAGUCUCAAAGCAAGAAAUCAUUUCCAUGGGCUGUUUUGUGGUCUACUUCUGUCACCAAAAGAUGGCAGCAGUGCCAAAUGUCUAAUUAAUGCUUAUUAGUUUGAGAAUGAGAAAUCCACAUUUGGAUGGAUGAAUGAAUGAAUAGGUUUCAUUAACUAUGUUUUUUUUUUUUUUUUUAAGGUAUACCGUAUACUGUUUUGCUACCCUCAACAUCUGUAAUCGUUAAUUGUCACAUCCAAACAGUUGUGUUGUGUUCAGCCAUGAAGUGAGCAAUCCAUAGAGAGCAUCAGGCUGUGUACAGUAUCUUCUCCACUGAACAGCUGCUGUGUGCGGUCGGUGCACCUGAUCCCGCGCGUCUCACGGCGCAUUCCUUGGCCAAUAGCAGCGCGCUCUCUGGACAGGCCCCGCCCACACGCGCUCAUUGAACUUUCAUUAUUUGCAUCAAGCGCCUCCACAUCCACUUUUACUUUCACGCUCUUCUGCAGACGGUUCAACAGAGCACUUUGUGAUGGUCAAGAUGCGCGACGCGCUCGCCGGUUUGUGCAUUGGGAUUAUACUGUUAUUAAACAGCGGGUUUGUGGUUAUGAGGAGGCAGGACUCGUCUUCAGCUCUCGGCAGUAUUUUCCGUACGAGGUGCGCCGCCAGGUGCCUGAGCCUUCACAGCACGCGCAUCGCUCUCUCUCCAAGACAUUUCCAGAGUAAUGGAUCCCUUGGAUGGUGUCAGAGCCAUAAACAGUGUGCAAAGUGCCUGGAGCCAUGCAAAGACUCCUGGGAGUUGAAAGAUGGACCUUGUCGAGAUUUAUGUGAGCAUGCGUUUCCCAAGCGUCAUGGCGAGUGUGUGACGAGCUGUGAGUUCCUGCGAUCAGUGAUGGUGGUGAAACAGGGUGACUGUCCUGCGCCGGAGAGAGCCAGUGGGUUUGCAGCUGCCUGUGUGGAGGGGUGUGAGGAAGACGGAGAGUGUUCAGCCCAGAAGAAAUGCUGCCCAAAUGGCUGUGGACACACAUGCCAGUCCCCUAAGAACCUCUACAGGGGUGCUCCUCUGAAGCCCAGGAAGGAGCUGGUCUUUGAGGAGCUGGAGUCUGGAGUGUUGGAAGUGCGCUGGUCCUCCAAGUUCAAUGUGUCAGCAGAGCCGGUGCUGAAUGUUCUGCAGAGGAGGUGGAACUAUGGCAUCCACCCCAGUGAGGAUGGAGCAACUGAGUGGCAAGUGGUGGCUAGAACAUCAGAAGAGCGUGUGUGGCUGACGGACAUUCGGCCCGGUCGCUGGUACCAGUUCAGAGUGGCAGCGGUCAAUGUUCAUGGAACCAGAGGAUACACCACCCCCAGCAGACACUUCAGAUCCUCUAAAGAUCCUGCCCCUCCCCCGGCUCCGUCUGAACUUCAUGUCAGUGACAUGACCUUUGGUGCAGAACGCUCUGUGUCUGUCCGCCUCAGCUGGAGCAUGUCUGCAGAUUUAGACAUCCCUGUUAACCACUACAAACUCUCCUGGAGCUGUUCUGACCAUACUAUGCCAUCCAAACUCAAGAGGAGACAGACUACAAAUGGGGACUCUACCUAUGCUGAGCUGGAUGACUUGAGAGAGAACAGGAGUUACACUGCGGAGUUGCAGGCGGUUUCAUACUGGGGUCAGGUCCCUCUCAAGAGCUCCAAGGCCAUUUUUCAGUUUACUACAAGCCAAAGACAAUCUGAUUUGGAACCCACAGACAGCCCGGUCUUUAUAAAACCCCAGUCAGAUCUAUUAGACGUGGGCACUCCGUUCUAUCAAGAUGGACAGCUUCAGGUCCGGGUCUACUGGAAAAAGAAAGAUCCCACCGUGAAUCGUUACCGUGUGCAGUGGUCUCCGGAAUUCUGCAGUCACAAUGGAUCCAGAACACAGGAGAAGCUCAUCACCCAGGAGAAUUUCGCCAGCCUUCCUGGACUUCAGUUCUCUUGCAAGUAUAAGGUGAUCAUCCAGCCCGUAGGAUCAAAGGGUAAAGCCCAGGCAGAAAGCACAACCUUCUACACCCCGUCCUGUGCUACCAUCCAGAGCAAGAGUCCCAAACCCAUCCCUUGCUCCACAGUCUCAGCAGUGGUUCCUCCAAAGGUCCUGGUCAAGGCAGAGAACCUGACAGCAGCGUUCUCAGUCUACAUGGGGAAUGUGACAGGCCUGUUCUCAUGGGUGGUGGCCAUGCCUCAACUGCCACAGCAGGUCACAGGAUAUCAGGUCACAUGGGCAGAGGUUAUCACAGAGAGUCGCAGAAAUAAUCUGCCCAACAGCCUCAUAUCCCAGUCUCAAAUCCUGCCUCCAGAACGUAAUAUCUUGGUAGUUUCUGGUCUUCAGUUGGCAUCUCUCUACAGACUUGAGGUGCAGGUGAUCACUGCAGGAGGACAAGGCCCAGCAUCCUCCAGAACCUUCCAGACACCAGCUCACAGCAAGCCAGUCCUGCACUACAAACCCAGGAUUAAGAAACACCAUCUAAGGUCGGUGAUAGAACGGCACUGAAGACCACACUGCAAUGAAUCAUCCUGGACCAGAACUGACUCCUCAGGAACACAGAGAACCAGACGAACCAAAGAACAGUUAAUUGCGAAUUGCGAAUUGCGUUUCAGCCUGAGCCAGUCAGCUGCCUCAUAACUCAACAUGGGGACCUGCUGUAAUCUGAAGAUCAAAUUUUGAUUGACGUUACGAUAUUUAAAGCCCCAGUAAUUUCCUGUGGGGGAUCAGCUUCCACAAACUAAUUAAAAUUGAGUAUACUACAAAGACUAGGGCAUCAAAAGCAAAAGCCAUAGGAUAAAAACAAAACAAGUGCAAAUACAAAUACAAGAAAAGGAUUUGAAACUGUAACUUUGUGGUUAUUUGCCUAAAAGACAUGCUUUGAUUUGCACCCUCCCUAAAAAAAAUGGUUACCCACACCCUAAGCGCUGCAAAUGGAGCCUCUUUAAUCCAAUAUUGCAUGUGAUGACUAAUUUGGUUUGACUUGUAAAUAAGCCUGUCUGACUCAAUACAACUGUUUGUGGUUUUGCAUGUGUUCGUUAAGCAUGGAAAUUUACUGUUUGUAUCCCCUUUGUGUCAAUAGCAACAAAUGAGGAAUCAAUGAAAAAAUAUUGCAGCUCUUUAAAAAGAAAAUGUCAUUCAAGUUUAUAAGGGUUUUGUGUGGUGUGUGCUCAAUAUGCUGUAGAGAUAUUUGUUUGCAGUCAUGUAAUUCCUGUAUAUACUGUAUGUUUUUUAUUUAUUUAUGUAUGCAAUUCAAAUGUGUUAUGUGGAUUUGUAACUGUGUGAGUGCAUGAAUGUGUGUGUGUGUAUGUGUGUGUGUGUGUGUGUGUGUUCCCCCAGCAUCAUUCACAAACUGACAAACCCUUGCAAGGAGAUUUUGUAUAAAUAUAUUUGUAAAUUCCCAUAGAUAAUGAAUAUUACUGUACAUAUUUUAUAUGAAUAAAGCUGUUAAACCUUGUUUCCCUUUA